GAACUCCUGUGAAGUCCUGCUAGCUCACAGUUCUGCAUGCUGUGGAUAAGAAGAACCAGGAUUCAGAAAUAUUGCUGUCUGCUCUACAUCAAAGCCAACUGGCUUUUGGUCCCUUUUUCCAAGGAGGAAAAAUGCAAGGUAUUCAGGCUGAGUUGCUCCUGCCUGGCUUCACAGAAGCGGACGAGUCAGAGUAGAGGUGCGAAGGAUGCGGUGUAUUAUCUGUCAGUGAACAAUCCAGGGAAGAAAAUGAAAAUACAACUUAAAAUCUGCCUUCAGGUCAUUUUGUGGCUUUGGUUUGAGCGAGUGCUGGAAGAUGUGGCUGCAGGCGGAAAUCCAACUUCUCAAAAAACUGGCUCAUCAGUCUCUGACGCAAACCUGAUGUUUGAGUUCUUGUUGGGCGGGGUAGAGCUGGACCAGGACAACAACAUCGUCCUGUUCGACAAAGAGAUGGCAUCGAUGAGGCAGGGGCGGGCUUUCCUCUCUCAAAUCAAUGACAACAUCCCCAGAAGUCUGAGCUCCAUGACGCAGAUGGUGACUGUGCUGGAGGGUCAGAGGAUGAGGCUGCUGACUCAGGCUCAGUUUGAGAGUCUUGUCCUGAGCAUGGUGUACUCUGCCUACCAGGCCUUGCAUCAGGAGAGAAAAGAAGAACAGGAGGCCUGGGGUGGAAUGCUCCUCCAGCUGGCAAAUGUCACCGUCCACGAACUACGUGGAAGUUACCUCUUCAGUUAUGCAUGAUGCACAUACUGCCGUUCUGUAUGAGAUGAAGGUGUAUGCAAUAAAUACUUGCCCUAAA